UCCAGCUGAACCACAACACGUCGACAUUGUUCCUCCGCCGGGUCUUCGCUCCUCCGGUCAGACUGAACACACGGACCGUCAGCAGGCAGCAACAUGCGCUCCUUGGCCGGACUGGCUGCCAUCAUGGGGGCCGCCACCGUCUACCUCUACCUGCUGUCCUCACACCUUCCCCGGGUACCGACACACGUCCAGCCGGGCUCCGAGGGAGAGGACGAGGCGGUCGGCGACUACAGGCUGAAGUUCCCGUCGGACCUGGACGAGCUGCGGGACCUCGCAGACACGCUCAGGUUUUAUAAAAGAGAACAUUACAGCUUCGUCCUGCUGCUGUACUGCAGCGCCUACCUCUACAAACAGUCCUUCGCCAUACCUGGCUCCUCCUUCCUGAACAUGUUAGCUGGUGCGAUCUUCGGGCCCUGGGAGGGUCUGCUGUUGGCCUGCAUGCUCUCUGCGUUUGGCUCCAUGUUCUGCUUCCUGCUCUCCUCGACGUUUGGAAAGCAGCACGUGGUUCAGCUCUUCCCGGAGAAGGUGGCGCUGCUUCAGAGCAAGGCUGAAGAAAAUCGCAGCAGUUUGUUCUUCUUCCUCCUUUUCCUUCGCUUCUUCCCUAUGACUCCAAACUGGUUCCUUAACAUCACCUGUCCCCUCCUCAACAUCCCUUUGCCCAUUUUCUUCUUCUCUGUGUUCAUAGGUUUGAUCCCCUACAACUUCAUCUGCGUCCGUACGGGCUCCAUGCUCUCAGAGAUCUCCUCCAUGGAUGAUAUCUUCUCCUGGGGGACGCUGGCUCAGCUCCUGGCCAUCGCUCUCGUGGCUCUGCUCCCCGGAGCUCUGAUCAAACACUACAGCAAAACCCACCUCAAGAUGAACGGCAUGGAAAGUAACGGACCCAGCCAGGCUGACGUCAAGCAGGAACGGAAGAGACGAUGAUUCUGGGGUAAAAGAGGAAUCGACAGGUUUGGGAUUCCCAAACACAAACUGAAGAGACCUCUUUGCACGGAGAGGCAUGUGACCUUUUGUGCACUUCAGCCUUGUGAUUUCUGGAAGGUCACAGCAAAGGCUCGUCAUACUUAAAGUAUGAUCUGCUGUGAAAGUUUGGAAACGUCUUCAGGUCGUGUUACGCCAGGUUUCAGUUUCCCAGCGAUCUCUCAGUGCCAACACACACAGAGCCAACGCUUUAGGGAAACCUUAGGAGAUGAUUGGAGAUAAUUGACUGAAUACAAUUCUGCUUUUCUUUCUCAGUCCACUGUGACUGCAGUUAUAAAUUCGGACCUUCUGUCCAGUGUGUUUCCAUUGUGCCAUGAUAUUACUAGAGCCUUAAAAGUAAUUUGCUCUGUGCACUAAACACGGUGUAGAGCUGCACAGGAAGCUCCACUGACCCUGCUGUGGACAAAUGUGUUCUUAAACCCACUGGAUAUACUUAGAGCACGGAGAUCAGACAACCAGCUACACAAUAAUGUCUCUUCUCCUCACGUAUGUUUACUCACUUUGCUGCCGUUACAGUUCCAGGAAUUGCAUGGACAAGAAAUGUUUUAGCACAUUUGGACUUCUAAAUGUCUCAAGAUUGUCUCCAUGUGGUUCAACAUGUCUUAAUGUAGCUGUCGCUGUAUUCACAGAUGGUUUUAGAGCUCUGUGCACGUCAGCUGUGAUCCUCUCAUCAUGGCCUCAACACAGUCUCUGAACUCAUUCACUUGGAUUUUACUGUCGGCCUCUGCAGGUCUGCCAACAGACGAGUCAGUUUAUGACCUCACCUCAUCACUGAACAGGUUUUACAGUGUAGAUGCUGUUGGAUGUUCACAUGCAUGGUGGUGUGUCAUGACACUGCACUGUGAUACACAGUAAUAUCAGCACGUCGUUGGUAUCAGCUUUAAAGUGAACUGUCAGAAUCAGCCAAUGUGCUUUUUCUUAUUUUGCACAAUGGAUGAAUACUACAUACAGUGAAGAGUAUUUCAUGUCUCCAUCUGCUGGUGAUGAUGAGAGCAUGCAUGAUAUGAUGUUUGCAAAUCAAAUCAAACUUUAUUUAUAGCACCCGUCAUACAAUCAUGAAAAAAAAAAAAAUCCCCAACAGAAGAGACUUGAUCAUCACCAAAAAAGCCAAUAUAUUGAUAUUGGUUAUCGGCCAUAUAAGUUGUUAUAUGUUGGCAUAUUGGAUAUCAGCAAAAAAAAAUCCAUUAUGGUGCAUCCCGAAAAAUAUUGAUAUUCGAUAUCGUUAUGGAUACCACAUGGAAAGUUGACGUUGAGGACAUACAAAUAAAACUUUUAUCAAAAGACAAAUAUGACGAGGCUCAGGGUGUCGUGAUGAAUCAAUAUGGACGAUAACUGGUUCUUAAAAAUGACAAAGAGACAAAACUCAAAAUAAACAAAGUUCUGUUACUGAUAGCAUUAAUGUGAUUAUUGUUAUUCAUUCAUUCAUUUUCUGUUGCCUCUUAUCCUGCUGGGGGUCGCGAGGAGGUGGAGCCUAUCCCAGCUGACACUGGGUGAGAGGCGGGGUUCACCCUGGACAGGUGAUCUGAGCUUUGCUUUUAAAGGCCUGAUUUCAUUUAAACGUGACAGUCAAAUCAGUCCGUUCAUAGCGUCAUCCUGCAAAUCAAUCAGCUCUUAAACCAACCGAAGCAACUGGAUUAAAAAGUGAGUAUUAAACCAAAGACAGCGAGCUGAUCACAUCUCCUGCUAUGGCGUCUGUGGGCGGCUCAUUCUGAACUAAUAUAAAAGCCAUCUCAGUAUGUAAUAUUCAUCCAUUGUGCAAAACAAGAAUUGAUUUCAAAGCCAAUAUCAGCUGAUACUGAUGACGUGCCGAUAUUAUCGUGCCUCCCAAACUGAGGCUGAUCCUUUCACCUCCCAAAGGAAAAAUGAAGUUACUCUGUAUGAGUGUUACAUUUGGAGACUGUGAUGAGAUGAUCGCUGCUCGUGCUGCUGUGAAUUUUGUGGCCUUUAACUGAGCGUGCAGAUGCACUUUAUAUCUGUUUCUGUCAGUGUAACUGAUUCACUGUUUCAGUUUGAAAUCGUAUUUUUUAUUUUUUUGAAUCAGUAUUUUGCAGAGACUGUAGAGGAUAGUCUUAAACUGUAGCUUCUCAUCAUAAACAUAACUUAGUGGUUUGCUCUAAAUUCAGGUUCCACUGAUGGUCUGAGUCAUUCACUGUUUCAUUCAGAGGUGUUUCUGAUGAACCUGAUAUGUAGUAUUUUGGAUAUCACAUCACAUAUUGUAGCCUGACAGUGGAGUGAAGUCCUGGAUCUUUACAGUGGCGUCACAUUUUGUUUUUUCAUUUUUAGAAACUGUGGCUCUGAGUUUGGUGGUUCCACUGUUGACUCUCAUGAGCAUCACAAACACGCAAAGUGCCAAAAAAUAAAUAAGUUCAAGAGUUUUUUUGAUCAUCACAGUCCAGAGGCAGUCCUACCAGAGCGAGUAAAAAAAAAAGAUGUUUUGUUUGUGAAAACGCUGCUUUAGGUUUUAAAGGCCUUGUGUUGAUGUCAGGAUUUUUGUUCUCCUCUUUGACCAAAAAAGUUUAAGAAAAAAAAGUGACAAAUCUGCUCAGGGGAGACGAGAUCUUUAAAAAUAUUUUCUUUCUUUUUUUUUUGUUUUUGUUUAAUUUAACCCAACAUGUGCACAAAGUGGGGUUUUUUUUGGGGGGGGGGGGGGGUAAUGA